UAUCAGUUGUUUGUCUUUGUCAUGUAUGCGAGGAUUCUGGUGUUCCAAGGCGAGCAACGAUCUGCAAAAAUUGAAAAAUCACUGUUCAGUCACGGGAUUGAGUCGGCGCCAUUGAAAGAUCCCCAACACCAAGAUGUCUCCUAUAAAAAAAAAAAAAGCAGCCCCCACUUUGUCGGAUGCAUUUCGCAUGGUUCUCCUCGUGGACAGAUCAUUACACAAGCGAAGAAAAGUCUGGUCAUUUCGGUGCCGAAGCUCUGCAAAUUGUCCGCACUUAAAGCUGGAACAUCUGAAAACUUGUGCUUAAUUUCCAUAUUUUCCUUUCAAGUUGACAAACAAAAAAGAACACCACUGGCAUUAAUUUCCUUCAUCCUUUCGAGCAUUUCAACUGGAAUUUAGAGGCAAUGAUAAAGACGCUCUUUGACAGACAUUAAUAAAAAUAAUCUCCAUAUCAGAAAGUUAGAAAUAGGAGCGUCCUAUUUAGACUAAAUAAAUAAAAUGGUGGUCUCCUAAAUGAAAAUUUUCCACCUUUAAAACAAAAAACUGUAGCCGGUUCCCAGCUCGCUCCUCUUCCUGAUCCGGCAGUAGUAUUGAGAGCUAUCACCAACAAGUCCUGGAAAUGGAGGUAUCUGCAGAUCAGAAGCGCAAGCCCCACGCGAUGUUCAUCCCAUACCCUUUGCAGGGGCACAUUACCCCGAUGAUGCAGCUGGCCAAACUCAUCCAUCAAAGAGGCUUCCACGUUACCUUCGUCAACACGGAAUACAAUCAUCAACGCCUGGUUCAGUCCGGAAGCCAUGAUCCUGAUCUCUCUCGAAUAAUAAGUGGUUUCAACUUCGAGACCAUACCCGACGGCCUCUCGACCGCUACUCCUGAUCGCUCCCAAGAUGUUUCCGACCUCUGCAACUCCCUCGCGAAGAACUCCUCGAAUCUGUUUCGGCAUCUCAUCAUGUCGAUGCUCAAUGAAUCACCGGAAAACCCUCCGAUAACGUGCAUAGUCUCGGACGCAAGCAUGAGCCUCCUCAUCCUCAACCCCGCAGAAGACCUCGGUGUUCCUGUGAUCUUCUUCAGGCCCCAUAGUGGCUGUGGCUUCUGGUGUUACUUCCACUUCAAAAAUCUCAUUGAGAAAGGGUACAUACCGCUCCAAGAUGAGUGCCAACUCAAAAAUGGUUACCUAGAGACAAAGAUCGACUGGAUACCAGGGAUGCCCGCCCUUCGCCUCAUGGACAUGCCCACUUUUCUUAGGACCCUUGAUCCUCACGACACCAUACUCAACUACAUUGAAGAUGCAGCACAGGCCACGUUCAAAGGAAAGGGGCUGAUCAUCAACACCUUCGCCGAGUUGGAGCCAAACAUUCUUAGCGCUGCCCGAUGCCGGGUUCCGAACCUUUUCGCUGUCGGUCCUCUGCUGAAACAAUGCCAGAAGUUGGGCAACAGCAACACCGAUCUGAGUUCCAUCAAGUCAAGCCUAUGGAAGGAAGACGACUUAUGCCUAGCAUGGCUGGACAAGCAGCGGCCGGAGUCGGUUGUGUAUGUGAACUUCGGAAGCAGCACGGUAUUGACUCCUCAGCAGCUUGUGGAGUUUGCUUGGGGCGUGGCUAACUGCAAGCACCCAUUCCUGUGGGUCAUCAGGCCUGACCUUGUCGAAGGUCAGGGUUCUGUUCUACCACCAGAGUUCAGGGCAGAGACAGAGGAAAGAGGGUUCCUGGCUAGUUGGUGCCCACAGGAGAGGGUCCUUUCACACCCCUCAAUAGGGCCAUUUCUCACCCAUUGUGGGUGGAACUCUAUAUUGGAAAGCAUAUGCGCUGGAGUCCCCAUGUUGUGUUGGCCUUUCUUUGCAGAGCAGCCGACCAAUUGCAGGUACGCCUGCGACAAUUGGGGCAUAGGUGUGGAGAUUGAAGGUGAAGUCAAGAGAGGAGAAGUUGAACGCCUGAUAAGACUGGUGAUGGAAGGGGAGAAGGGAAAGGAGAUGAGGGAGAGAGCCAAAAGGUUGAAGCAUGAAGCAGAGAAGGCUGUGCAGCCUGGCGGUUCUUCCUAUUGUGACUUGGAAAGACUUCUUAAUGAGGUUCUCGACCCUCAAUAAUUUGCCACUGUCCAACUUCCGAGUAUUGUUCCACGCAGCAUAUGGAUCUAUUGCUUUCAUUUAGUUAGAUGAUCUAGUGCUCCGUGAAUGUUACAAGACUCUUCGUCUUUCCAAACCAUGUACAUUCUUGCAUUUUGUUCUUGUGUUGUCUUUUCAUUAUUAUUCUUCUCGAUCUAGAGAGUAUUA